CUUGUCAAAGCCAAACAGUACGGCAGCCAUCAAUCGCGUUUUGGAUAGCUAAGUUAAACGUGCAGAGUUUGCUGGUUUGAUGCAGACAAAGAAUCUUGCAACAGCACUGCCAUCAAGACUUCGCCAGAAACACCACAUGUCUGCGAAGAACACAGUACAAUGCAAAGUAACUGAAGUCACAUUGCUGAGCCCUGUGGGAAAGAUUCAGGUAACGGGAUGUGAAAAAGGUAUACAUGGCAUACAGCUGCAAGCAGAUGCAGUACCUGCAGCAAGGACUGAAAUGGACCCUUUUGCUUGUGUAGUGUGUGACGCUCAGAAGGAAAUGAAGGGCCAGCUGAAACAGUGUGUGGACUGGAUCCAAGCCUAUUUCUGUGAGCCUCAGAUGGUUGAGAAACUUCCUCUCCCAGCUUUUCAUCAUCCUAUUUUUCAAAGAGCCUCGUUCACCAGCCGAGUGUUACAGACCCUGCUGAGGGAUGUGAAAUUUGGAGAAACAGUCUCUUACAAGCACUUAGCAGAAAUGGCAGGCAAUUUCAAAGCAGUGCGUGCUGUAGGAGGAGCAAUGAGAAGCAAUCCUGUGCCUCUUCUUGUUCCUUGUCACAGAGUGGUGCUGAGUAAUGGCUUGGUGGGCAAUUAUAUGGGAAAAAAAGGCAAUCAUAUCAAGCAGUGGCUUCUGGAGCAUGAGAGAGUCUGCCAAGAGAAAAAAUGCUAGAACAUCUCCAGCAGCUUUUGGACUCAAUCACACACACAGAAACUCUCCACUAUCAAGAAAAGCUGCUAAAUUAUUCAUAAGCAGCUCCGUUCCUCCUUCAAGCCCAACAGCCAUAACUUCACUGGACCUGCUGUAAAACAUAUUUGAAAUGUUGCAAGUUUCGGAAAGACGCGUAGCAUUUGCAAAACCUGUAAAUAUUUGAGUGACAUAAAAAAACAUUAUACAACAUUAGAAGAAGAAUGUGUGGUCCUGCUACUAUAUUAAAAACAGGAUAUAUCCUGAGGGACAGUGCUCAGAUGCCCUUUCUUGUUUUCUUAUUUUACAGCAGAAUGAAUACAGCAGUCAGAGCCUGUUGUGUGCAUUUUGUUCCUGUCUACAGCUCUGUUUUGUUCUAUUUUUAAUGCCCAUGAAAGCAAGAAUGGGGUGGGAGGGUUUCGUUUGGAAGGAUAGGAGGGGCAUGGCAAAUAUGAGACACAAGUACCCCUUUAAGGAAGCAUCUGCUUUGCACAGAAAAGCGGCCAACAAUCAGUGCAAAACUAAACGGGAUCCUUCCUUUGCAGCCUAAUUCUAAUACACUGCGCCCUUCUAGUUUGUCUUUUAUUUUUAUAUUCGGUCACACAUUUUUGGCUUUGAAUUUGUGCCCAAUUGUGAAUGCCAUCACAGUAUAUCCUAACCUCCUCCUCCUGUUAUUUUCCUUGGUAGCCCUUAACGCAGUGUAGCAUUGUGAGAAAGGCUUUGUUUCUCGCCUUUUUCCCUUGACUUAAAAAAAUAUUAUGCAAUCAUUUCGACAUCAUGUGGAAAAACAGAGAAAUUUUGUAUGCCAUGUUAAUUACUCACAGUCAGCCAUCGUUCCAAAGUCUCCAGCCUCUCCUUUCUUAAAAAAUGUUCUAAUUUUUGUUUAUGCAAGCACACUUUGAAAGUGGUUAGUUUGUUGAGAUUGUUUAAAACCACAGCAUAUUAUAUUACCACAUAAUUCAGGGUGACAGCUGUUUACUUCAUACAACAAACAAUAUUACUGGGAGAAAAGUUUAAUGAAAUGCAACCAUGAGGGAAAUUACUAGUUAAACUAUAUUGGGAUAUAAAUAUAAAUGUUUAGAUUUCUUUUGUUUGUAUGUCAAUCACGCAAAUGUGUUUAUGGCUUUCUUGAUUGAUGCAUACAUUUAGUUCAGACAAAAUGUCUUUGUUAUAGUUGAGUCGAAAAGAAAAGCUUUUUUUUUGCUUAAUAACUUUCAUAGUGUACUUACUGUUCAAUGAAUAGCAAUUGCCCUUUUUUGUGAGAUUUUAACAAUGUUAUUAAAUUGAACAUUUCUUCUG